UGCUGCAAGAGGCGGGCCUUUGGAAAGUAGGAAUGCGCUGCUGGAAGUUUUCCUGUAAGCUACUUUCACAUGCAAAGAGCGUCCCGUGUCUCAAUAUGGACAUCUGUCCGCUGGUGCUCGUGUUUGUCCAGUUCUGCUUCUGCCUCGGCUAUGAAGGGUCAGGACAAUAUCCCCAUAGAGAUGAUGAAGACUGGUACCGCAGAGAUAAAGCCGGGACGCCGUGGUGCGCGCCCAUCAAGGUGAAGAACGGCGACGUGAGCUGCCGGACGCCCCGCGGGGAGCAGCUGAUGAACGUGAUGGGCACGCGCUGCAAGAUCCGUUGCAAGAGGGGCUACGAGACGCAGAACCCUGAGGUGGUCUGCAUGGCCACCAAGCACUGGUCCUCCUCCUACUCCUGCCACGAGGUCCGCUGCCGUAGGCUGAACAUGCCGGUAAACGGGGGCUUCAAGUGCUCCGACGGGUCCUACUUCAACUCCCGCUGUGAGUUCUUUUGCUCCCCGGGCUACUACCUGAAGGGGCAGAAGACCACUACCUGUCAGCACACCAAGCUUUGGACCGCAGAGGAGAGCACCUGCAUAGACGUGGAUGCUCCGGUGAUCAAGUGCCCCACACUGAAGGAUAAGUGGGCGGAGCCCGGCAAGCUUACGGCCAGGGUGACCUGGGACACGCCGGAGGGAGUAGACGGGGCGGACGGGGUCCUCACAGAUGUUAUUCUGAAAGGAAAACCUUCAAAGACGGACUUCCCAGAAGGACUACACAAGAUGUCGUACUCCGUCUUUGACCGAGCCAACAACAAAGGAAUGUGCCGCUUCACUGUCAGAGUGCGAGUGCGCCGCUGCAGUCCUCUGUUCCCCUCUGACAACGGCUACAUGAAGUGCGACGGCGACGGGGACAACUACGGCGCCACCUGCCACUUCACGUGCACGGGCGGCUACGAGCUGACCGGCAGUGCCGCCAGGGUGUGUCAGUACGGCCUCAUUUGGUCCGGCACCGACACCAACUGUGCACCAAUGAACAUCAACGUGGGCGUGCGCAGCGCAGCCGCACUAUUGGACCAGUUCUACGAGAAACGGAGGCUGCUGGUCGUCUCAGCGCCGACCGCGUCCAAUCACUACUACCGCUUCCAGAUGACCAACCUCCAGCCAGCCCAGUGUGGUCUGGACCUCCGACAUGUGACCGUGGUAGAGCUGGUGGGGAACUAUCCGGCCCAGAUCGGUCGGAUUCGACACAGGAUCCUCUCCCCAGGACUGGCCCUGCAGCUCAGGCUGCUGCUGCAGCUCUCUCAGAGGACGUUCAGCAUGGUGCUGCUGGACAAGCAGGGACUGGACAAGAUGCGCUACACCUUCCCCAUCACCGCCGCCGAGAUCUUCACCACCAUCGACACCUUCCCCCUGCGCAAGGAGGAGGAGCUGCUGCAGCAGGAGGCCGGCCAGAACUGUCAGGCCUAAAGCCCGCCCGGUCCGUCAGUGGAUUGCGCGUCGCAACCGCCACGCCGCAGUGGUUAUUUUUAUAUUGAUGCUGUCGGUUAAGGUCCAGAGUUGUCCAGAGAGAGAGGAAGCAAAACCACAAGAACAACCCACAGAAAUGUCCCCUCCCUCCAUUGAGAAGUCCCUGCACCUGUGGUUAUUAGGCAAGAUGGUUUCCCUCGGCCAAUCAGGUGAGAGAUGCCGUGAUUAGUCAGAAACGAGCCGGGAGCUGUCUGAAAAGUUCAUUGGCUAAUACAGAGGCCGGCAACUCGAAACAGAGUAUUUCCUCACUAAUAGCCGAGAGAUAGCUUUAGCAUUUAUAACAAAUAAUAAACACACUAAGAUGAUUGCUCUAAAAUCUUUCCUACAGCACCUUUAACAGAAAGAUAUUUGUCUAAGGUGCUUCAAUCGUCAGUCUGAACGGAUUUGUGUGCGUACAAAACAUGCAAGUGUGGUAGUAUGUUAAUGUGUGUUCGUCUGUGUGUGUGUGUGCUGGCAUUCAAUAUUAAUAAAUGCCAUUUCAAGAGUUGGGUCAACCGAAAGGGUUUUUCUAAAUCUCAAAAAUCGAUGAUUUGUGGGAUUCAUUACAAUCAUAUUGAUUUUCUGUUCCGUCGGUCUGUAUUUUAUCAUUCAUUAUUUUCCAUUAUCGAAUCAUUUAUUUGAUACACGAACACGAAUGGCAAAAUAUCUUUAGCUGCCUUAUAUUUAUGUUUCAUUGUUUUUUUUAAGCCAUGUACGCAGUUUUCAAAUACAAAAUAUGGGCAUAUGUACAAGACAGUUAUGCUGGUGUAUCUGCAUGCUGUGUCAAUGUACCCAAACCUAAUUAAACAUGUCUCUUCAGACCAA